AGAAGUCCAGCAGGACAGGGUUGCUCACUUGGAGGGUAUAAAUAGUGUCAGUCUUCCACAGGUCGGUACCAUCCGGUCCCAUUUGUCCUGCGGUACAGGUCGUCUAACACCAGCAGUCAUGAAGUUCACUCUCAUCGCCACCAUUGUCGUGCUCGCACUGGCUCAUGGAAGCCUUGCUCAGGAGCUCUUUGACAUGGAGAGGAUCGGUCAGUACGUUGAGGAGAUGAAGACCAAGAUGACCAAGGAUCUGACCGAGUUCACCCGCAACAACGACCUCGCCACCCAGGCCCAGACCUUCCUGGAAGAGAAGAAGAAUGAGAUGCAGCCCAUGCUCGAUCAGUUCCAGGAACAGCUCAAGUCCGCCGUAGCCAACAUGGAGACCCAGGCCACCAAUGUGCAGACCCAGAUCCAGCCCAUCAUGGAGCAGUUCCAGCUGCAGUUGGAGGCUCUGGUCAAGCAGGUGACCGACAAGGCCAAGGCCCUCAGCAACUAAAGUGUUUCUAUGUGAUGCAGACCGACGUCUCACUCUGGGAGUGAACACACGUGUUUGAGUCCAUCUUGAUAUUUAUUGUCUCUCCACCAAAGCACAAUAAAAGUUGAAACACAA